CCAGCGACGAGGUCCUAAUCAUCAUCUUCCUCUCCCCACAUCUAUACAUCCUCUUCUCUUUCAUUUCCUUAUUCCGCUACCUUUCCAAACAGAGAACGUCAAGAUGGAGGUACUACUCGGCAUCACUGGCAAGGACUUCGUCAUUCUGGCGGCCUCCAAAGCUACCAUGCGAGGUCCCACCAUUAUCAAAGCCGAAGAUGAUAAGACAAAACAGCUGAACAAGCACAACCUGAUCGCCUUCUCCGGUGAGGCGGGAGACACUGUGCAAUUCGCCGAGUAUAUUCAAGCCAACAUCCAGUUAUACACCAUGCGAAACGAUACCGAGCUGGGUCCGAAUGCAGUUGCCAGUUUUGUCCGAGGCGAGCUGGCACGGAGUUUGAGAUCCCGGAAUCCUUACACAGUCAACCUUCUGCUGGGCGGAAUGGACCCCAUCACUCAGAAGCCUCAUCUAUACUGGAUAGACUACCUGGCUUCCGUGGCUUCUGUACCUUACGCGGCUCACGGCUAUGCCCAAUACUACUGCUUAUCCACUCUUGACAAACACCACCACCCCGACAUCUCCCUCGAUGAAGGUCUCAAGCUACUGGAAAUGUGCACGGACGAGCUGAAGCGCAGGCUACCGAUUGAUUACAAGGGGGUCCUUGUCAAGGUGAUAACCAAGGAUGGUGUGCGCGAGUUGGACUUUGAUAAUAACAGGAUCGUCAAGAGUGCCUAAUGUGUUGUAUCAUACCAAUGAUUGUCUUAUGUUUUCGGUUUACGGGACUUGGUUUUCUGAGAGGAUCGGUUAGCAUGGCAGGAUAUUUCCCAUGACUUUGACCGGAACUUAGUCUUGCCCAUGAUUACGCCAAGGUAGAGAUUAAUAGCAAUGACUAUGCG